GCCUCGGCCGACCGCAACCUCCCCCAUAAGCGAAGCAUCAUCAUCAACCACCUCGCUCGCCCCCCACCUCCCCUUCUAUCGCAACACCAUCGCGGUCGAAGCAAGCCAUGUCGAACCAGCUAGUUGGUACCGUUUACCAGAGCAUCAUCGACGAGGUCAUCAACAGCAGUCGCCUCGACUUUGAGGAGGCGGGAAUCAAUGUCUCGACGCUGGAGGAUCUGAAGCAAGUUUGGCAAGGAAAACUGUCCGGUCUCAAGAUCGCGCACUUCCCGUGGGACCCUCCGGCUCCCGAAGCUCCAUCGAACAAUGCGACCGCUGCGCAGGCGAGAGCUGCCCAGCAACAGCAGCAACAGCAGCAACAGCAGCAGGCACAGCAACAGCAGAUGCAUCAACAGCAGAUGCACCACCAGCAACAGCAGCAGCAGCAGCAGCAGCAGCAGUCGCAGCAGCCCUACAUCAAGUCGGAGCCCGGCAUGUCGCAGCAGUAUCCUCAAGUCCAGAACGGUGUGAAGAUCAAGUCGGAGCCGGGAAUGGAGCCACAGGGCGUCAUGUACGGAGUACCUCAAGCCAAUCUGACCGGUAAUCCCACGCACGACCCUCAUUUGGCCGCCAUGCGCGCACAGCAUAAUAUUGCGCAGAAGUUCGGACCGCAGUUGCAAGCGCGACCAGCCAGUGGACUCGUUUUGCCCGGGAUGAAUCCGGGACCACCUCCGCAACACAGACCGGCCAACGGCCAGCAGCAGCACAACGGUAUCCCUCAGCACGACGGCGGUGACGACGAAGAGAUCCCGAUCGAAGGUUUCGGAUCGCUCACCAGGGAGGAGGCCGACAAGGUGUUGUUGACGAGGAUCGGAAAGGCGGAGCGUCAGCGUGCCGAGGCUUCCGAGAAGCUCGCCCAGGCGCUGCAGAACCUCAAGGUCAGCUCUGCCAAGUCGAAGGCGAAAGGCAAGGGCAAGGCGCGUCGCGCUCGCAAGUUGGAUGCCUACGAGGAGGCUCUGAAUCACAACUCGUCGUAUCCCUACCCCUCGGAAACCCCGAUGUUGGUGUUGUCGUCGAACGCUUCGUCUGGACCCCGCGUGCCGCAGCUGGAUGGUGAUUCCGAGGACGAAAUCGACGAGGAUGCGAUUAAUUCCGAUCUUGACGAUCCCGAGGAAGACGAGAUCGACAACGAGGAUGAUGAUGAGGUCCCCCAGAUCAUGCUCUGCAUGUACGACAAGGUCCAGCGCACCAAGAACAAGUGGAAGUGUGUCUUGAAGGAUGGCGUCCUGACCAUCAACGGACAAGAAUAUGUAUUUCACAAAGCUAAUGGCGAGUAUGAAUGGUAAACCAUUUGGCUUCGGAUUUGCGGACAACAGGCAUGCACCGCCGCCAUGCGUUUGUUUCUUGGUUGCCGUUGUUGUUGUUUU